CCAUAACCACCACAAAUCUCAGAUAUUUUUCUCACAAUGAAAACUUCUAGACUCUUCCCUCUUCCUGAUUAACCUACUUUAACUCCCAAUAAAUACCAUCCAUAACUUCAAUAUAUUCCUCCAUUCUAAUUCACUGUCAAAGAUCACACACCCAAUUUCAUGCCGGUGCAAUUGAUCCAAAUUCAACAUCAGAAACAUUCUUCUAUCUAGUGCAUGUUUAGAACAAACGAGUGAGAGUGACAAUGAAUGAUUAUAACAACGGGGUAUUAUCGUCAUCUUACUACGGUAUUCUUGGUGUUAGUUCAGAUUCUUCUAUAAACGAAAUAAGACGCGCGUACAGAAGGCUUGCUAUGCAAUGGCAUCCAGAUAGAUGGACAAGAACACCGUCUUUACUUAGUGAAGCCAAAUGUAAAUUCCAGAGAAUUCAAGAAGCCUAUUCAGUUCUAUCGGAUCCGAAGAAAAGAACUAUGUAUGAUGCUGGAUUGUAUGAUCCUCAAGAGGAAGAAGAUGAGGAAUUUAGCGAUUUUAUGGACGAAAUGGCUACCCUUAUGGCGGAAGUUAAGCAAGAGGAGAAGGUUUAUGGUUUGGAUGAAUUGCAGGCCAUGUUCGUGGAAAUGGCUGAAGGAUUUGAGACUUCUUCUAUGUGUUUUGAGACACCAAUGAGGGUUGAUGAGUCUUGUGUUAGCAGAGGAAGUGUUUUGACACAAUAUUAGUUAAUGAUGUGUGUGGGCCAGGCCAUGUUUUUAAGUAACCGGUUUCAACUUCGUAGGAAAUAUCACUGUUAUUUUGUGUAUAUGUUGGAAGGAAUUUUUGGUUUUCAUGAUAGGGAUUGAUUUUGAGAGACAGUGAUUUUUAAUUGGGUUUUUUAUUUGAACGAAUUAGGUUUAUCGAAUGUUGAACUGGAAUUUUUGUUAAUGCAUUUCCAAUAUUUUAUCACAA